GAUUUUAGGAAAGCGUGGGUGGUUCAACGAGCCUGCGAAAAAAUUAGUGUGAUUAAUAUAGGAAAUGACCUGUGUAUCUGUGGCGCAAGCUGUCGCUCUCGGAAACCACAAUUAUGUUUCAUUUUUUGUAUUUGUCAACUCUUUUUUCAUGACAUUUCAUGCUAGAAACGAAUCCACGGUUUCUAAUCAAUGUAUCACUUCAUCGGACAUUGCUGAACUACUUGGCGAAAACUUUUCUCGCUUCGCUUUGUAUCCUGACGGAGUUAACCGUGUCGUGAGUGUCAAAACUAGUGCAACGAUUCCUUUACAACCUUCAGGUAGAAAACAAGAUAUUCCUUUGCAUGAUAAUGGUAAUGAGUGCACGGAACAAGAAAUACAAGCGGAUGUAAUACCAACUGCAGUCAAGCGUGCUCCGUUUUCAUUUUUUAGAUGCUUAUUACGCCCAUUAGCCGCUUCUAAUCCUGCUGUUUCGGAAGCAUUUUACACAUGCACUAUAAAUUUCCAAACGUGUCGUAUUACACCAGUGGAUGUUAAAACAACAUUAAAAAUGGAAAAGGCAGUGUAUGAUCAAACAAAUCAAAUAAAAGUAUCCCCAUCAACCGUUAGCAUGCGGCCUUCUUGCGUGCUAAAGUCAGUCGAUACAUUGCCAACUAUUACGGAAAAGGAAAAAAUAUAUUGUCCAAAUAACUUACUUCUCUUUUGGUGUCUUCGUUUAAAUACAAGAUUAGUGUACCGUACAAAAGUAGUACCGGUUCCCGGUUCGUGGGAUGAAACGAUUCGGUUGAAUAUACAUCAAUUAAACGAACUUGUUUCACUUGAACUUUUUGAUAAAGAUCUUGGUGUCAAUUACACCAAACUAGGUGGAAUCCGUUUUAACUCCAUUAAACUUGUACCUAAUGUACCUUAUAGUACUUCCGUUGAAUUUGUGGUGACUCUUCCCAAGUCUGUGCCUCUAGAUCUUCUGUUGCGAUUAAUAGAAAGCAACCAAAUAACAAACAAUUGUUUAAAUAUAGAUCAGAAUGGAUUAGAUAAAUUCAAUAUUGCAUCGUACGAUACCGACUCAAUAGUAACUCAUACUUCACAAUGCGUUCGUGUUGAAGCGUUUGUAACACUGUCAAUUCAAAGGAAUAGUACAGUUUCUCCUUUUUGGGGUCAUGUUGCACUUUCCUCCAUCCCUCUCACCUGUGAUGUACAAGUUACUUCCACACCAAAUUUCCACUUUGUCUAUAAUCUUUUGCGAUACAUUAAAUUUUGUGCUUGGGAUUCAACGGCUUUAGAAAUCAUUACAACUCUUUCAAGAUUUACCUACUGUUUCAAAUCAUUCAAAGAAAUAAGUCUCGUUAUUGUAAUCUGGUCUUUCUUUUGUUAUCCUUCCUUUUGCAUCUCAUCGUUAUUUUUAUUUUGCACCUUACUUUACUGGUGUUUACCCUGGAUAUUGCCUCCACUUCGUCGACAAUCUUUUCAUACGAUGAAGGCAGAAAAUAAACCCAUUCCAUACAAAUUUUUAAAUUCGGGAGGACCGACCAUUUUUUUCAAACAAUUCAUCACACCUCAGCUUUUAAAGGAGUUUGUUGUCUUUCAGGAUGUGUUGAUUCGUAUUGCUCAAGUAACAGAAACUUUCUGUUAUAACUUAAGAGACCCUUUUUGGUUCCAUAGAUACAUGAUCGUUGCUUUAGGAUUUUCUUUAUCCUAUAUAAGCUUAAAUUUCCCUUACUACUUCCAGUUAGCAGCAAGCUACAUUUUCUCUAUAACAACAGGAGGAGUACUUAUGGCCCCACUGCUUCCUUUUGUCAUGUUUUUCUAUCGCGUUAUUAAAAGUUUUAUUACUGUAUUAAGAAUAAAUGACUCACCUACAAUUUUUGAAACAUUCUAAUUCAUCAUUUCUUUUGUGUGUGAGAUGCAAAACUAUUAUAUCAAGUUACUUUUUGUUUUAACAAAGCGUAAUUAUCGACCAAUUGUAAUUAAAAAAAUUUCAUUUA